ACAGGAAGUGGCCUCUCAUCUAAUCACUAGUUAGCAUCUAGAGCUAGUGUAAGUUAAAGAUAGCGUCAACACGAUGCUUAACGACAAUGAACUUGUUACGUUGCGGAACAGAUUUAAGAGAGAUGCAGAGUUUCUCAUGCAAACAACAACAAAUGGCGACGAAGACGAAAAGAGUCAGGAGGAAAAAGAUGCUAAACCUCUUCCUCGCAUUAACAGACACUCCGUUUUCUGGAUCAUGGCAUCUAUAGGUGUGACCUACUACGUUGAUUUCCUCCGUAACAUCAUGGAGAACGACGAUAUCAAAAGUUGGUGGUUCAAUGUAGGUCUGAUACUCCUUGGGAUCUGCCUGUCUCUGGCCAUGUUUUGCAUUGUGUACCUGGAGUGGUUCAAAGGCAUCCGGCACUACGACCAAGAAUAUCCUGCCAUUCCUCCCAUCACCACUGCAGCAUUUAUUGCAGCAUCUUGCAGUGCUCCUAAUGGCAUUUGCAAGAAUCCACUGCAGCUGAAUGGAAACAACCAAUCAGAGCUGAGGAGUCUCUAACAAAGCUGUCAAGCCAAACUGUCAAACUAGGUGGCGUGGAUCAAAUAGAAAUCAAAAUUCUGUCACUGCAUUGCCUAUUUCUCACCUCAGAUGUUUUCACAAACAUAUUUUAGUGUACUGUUUAGCUGUAAAAUGAGAAAGUUGGUCCAGCUGUUGGGCUGUGCUUCAUUUUUGCACAACUGUGUCCAGCAUGGGUAGUUUGACAGACAGUUUGACUGCAGUUCAAGAGCAGUGAUUUACAUGAUUAACAGCUGCCUUAGAGGCUCCACACUUCUGAUAGGUUGUUUUCCUUCGGCCGCUGUGGAUCUGGCCAAAGAUAUUAGAAGCACAAGGAGGAGGCAGAGGAACAUGACAUAACCUGUCUUGUGUAUGACUGUUAAGAUGCAGUGACCGUUUCAGCAAAUAUGAAAAAAAAAUUACCAACUGUAGCUUAAUUGUAGGAUAUACCCUCACAGGUGUUUCACUCAGUUUCCCUGAUCAGACCUCCUUUUGGGACUGUGGUCAUAUACAGACUGUGCUCGAUUGAAAUUUGUGUCACUUUACUGUUUACAAGCCAAAAUAUUGAACACACCUGUGUGGGUGUUUAUGGCCUUUAACACGUUGAAUCACUUAAGAAAUGCUCAGUAAUAUUACCCAUGUUCUUGGUACAAUGGGUUGUUAAAAAAAAAAACUGCCAAAAUACUUGUAUUUUGAUUAUCUGAUGCAUUAAAAAGAUGCACUUGCUUGACAAGUCAUUGACAGUGUACAGUAUUUGGAAUAUUUGCUGGUCUGAUAUCUACAACCAACAAAGCACUUUACUCAUACUUGUGAAAAUUUAUCCACCCUCUGUAUGUCGGUGAAGAUCAAGAAAGACUGAUGAGGUUAAGAGUGAUCUCUGUAGGUCUCCAUCUUAAUGCAGUGUGAAGUAUGAGAGGCCCCCUGAGACAUAUUUCAUACUUUUUUCACAUGUAACAUCAUACUCUCAUACAUACACCACUAUACUCUCACACAAACACUACUAUACCCUCUUACAUGCACAAUCAUACUCUCAUACAUACACCGCUAUACUCUUAUACAAACACUACUAUACUCUCUUACAUGCACAAUCAUACUCUCAUACAUACACCGCUAUACUCUGACACAAACACUACUCUCACACAAACACUACUAUACCCUCUUAUAUUUAUCAUCAUGUUUUCUUUUAUUUACUGUCAUACUCUUAGUGUAACACAGGAUAAUAUUAUAUGUAUGUAAGUAUGAUAGUAUGUACAUGAAAGUAACAGUAUAUGUAAAACAAAGUUCUAAUAUAUGUAUGAGAGAAUAAUAUUAUAUUUGAAACAGAAUAAUAGCAUAUGUAAGAGAAAUGAGUAGGGUUGGGAAUCUCUCUGUGAUAGACGAUUCGAUACGUAUCUAGAUACACGGGUUACGAUACGAUUCAAAAACGAUAUAUUUUUAAUACAAAAUAAUUCGAUACGAUUCGAUACAGCAUAGGAACGAUACGAUUCGUUACGAUUCUAUGGUUAACAUUUGUUGAUGUAGACAUUAAUCAUACAUUAUAAAAUAAAGAAGCCAUUUCUAUAAACGUGACAUUCUUAGAGUAUUUUCAAAUUUGUAAAAGACCACAUCCCCAAGCAUUGUUGCUGUAUGGCACUGGCAAAAAUAAAAUAAAAAGACAAACAACAACAAAAUCACAUGUCAAAUGUAUUUAUUUUUAGACAUGGACCAAAAAAAGACUUGCUGAAUGAACAUCAUUUUGUUGGAUGGGAUCAAUAUAAAAAUGAGAAGAAGUUUUAAACUUUAAGUGAAGUGAACUUUAAGUAAACUUUAAGUGUUUUAAACCUACUUGUUGUGUUGUUUUUAUGGUAUUGUCUGUGUUUUUGUAUGUAUCUUAUAUGGACUUGAGUCUGGAAUAAAGUUUAUUAUAACGUUGUAUAAUAUAAACAUAAAGCAGAAUAAAAUAAUAACAUGCAACGUAGGGGCAGAAUCUGACAUCUCCUUUUAUAGUUGAUAUCAUGGACUGUGAUGACUAGCAGCUUAUCACUGACAGCAUGUCAGAUUAUUUCUCUGUGUUUGCUACACUCUGUGUUUGUCAUUUAUAAAAAGAUAAAUCACUUUUCUAUAAUACAUCAAUGAUAUUUCAAUGGAAUAAAUUACUUAUUGACUUAUUCAUACUUCAAAAACAGCAUCAAUAAGUGAUUAACAUAAGGGGGGAUCAAAAUAAAAUAAAGAAAUAAAAUAAAAAUCAACCAGCCACCCUCCUCCCCAGACAAGUAAAGAACAGUCCCUAAAGUGCGCUGAUGUUUGUGGAAAUGUGAACUGCUCGUUUCUCCUCUGACACGUCACAUACCUGAGUGCUGCCAGGGCUCACCUGGUAUUUCUGGGCAGUCAUGACACCGACGAAGA